AUGAGCGCUCAUACAUCGUCCCCGGAACUGUGGAAGACUCUUACUUCCAUUGAGCAAAUCAGUCCAAGAGGCUGGCCCCGAUAUUUAUUCCCCUUUGAGCUUGGAGAUGAUUAUGAUCUUAAAGAAGUGACCCGCGUGUUGAGAGAAGGUUGGAGCGCAACAUGCCGUCGGUUUCCCAUCCUCAGAUCCGAGGCCGUGCCCGACCUAGAGGCGAAGCAGGGCGGUCUGCUAAAGAUACGUGAGCUGGACCUCGAAGAACUCAAGACCAUUCAGCCCAUUAUCGUGAAAGACUUCCAGGCCCCUGGAGCUUUCGCCACGUUCUCUGAGCUCAAAGCCAAGCACUUUCCCGUUGCGGCGCUCGAUGAGAAUGUACUGUGUCGGCGAUACACUUGGCCGUCGCCCGAAGACCGCCUCCCAAUUAUGCUCAUCCAGCUCAACUUUUUGCGCGGGGGCAUGAUCAUCAACUGGAAUCCUUACCAUGCCGUUGGUGACGGUCAGACCUUCUUCACCUGGACCAAGGUGUGGGCCGAGGAGUGCCGGCGGGCGCAGGGCAUCCCAAUUACGAACCCGGCUCAUAUACCUGAUGAUAUCCUCACGGAUAGAGCUCACGUUCUGAAGCCCAGGUUUCCGGGUCCGGACCACGCAGGAAAACUAGAGAACCACCCUCAGUAUGCGAUCAUGACCGACCCGAUGAAACAACUAGAGAAAUUGCUGAAGCGCGAUGGCCAUGCUGGCCAGAUAUUUUAUUUUUCCGAAGAGUCGCUGGCGAGGCUCAAGCAGGAUGCAUACCCGCUGAAUCCCAGUGAAGACGAGCCGUCGUAUAUCUCUACAAACGACGCCCUGUCUGUGCUGGCCUGGCGUUCGGUUAUGGCAGCGCAAUUCCCGCUCGACGAGAUCGAGGGCGACCCAAUCACCACCUUCAACAUUGCCAUCGACGGCCGCUACCGCACGCAGCCGCCCAUUGACCCAGCGACCCUAGGCUGCUUCGUCAUGUUCCUCGAGGUCAAGGUGUCGCUGCGCCGCAUGCUCGAGACCGAGGACCUGCGCGAGCUGGCCGCGCUGCUGCGCCAGGCCAUCCUCGCGGCCAAUGACUAUCCGGGCGGCCUGACCAACGACAUUUCGGCGCUGGUCGACAGCCUCCCGCAUGUCGGCCUCAUUGUUCCCGGCGCCUUUCUCGACUCUCCCGGCCUGGGAUGCUCGCAGACCUCGUGGGCCAAGCUGCAGCUCUAUGGGCUUGAGUGGGGACCGCUUCUGGGUCAUCGUAUCGCGUCGAUCCGUAGCCCGAGCUGCGGUAUUCUCAACGGCAUGCAGAUCAUGAUGCCCACGCUGCCGGGAGGCGGUCGCGAGGUUCUGUGUGGUAUUGAGGAGAGGUGUCUGGAGCGUCUUAUCAAUGAGCCACUGUGGAGGAAAUAUGCCGAGACUCGAUAA